AUGGUCAGUAGCCGAGUAGCAAGGGAAGAACCUCCUGCCCGUGAAGCAGAGAAACAGAUCAAGACCGAGGAAGAUGAGGGACUAUAUUGCAUAUGUCGAGAGCCCUACGACCCUAACCGUUUCAUGAUCGCUUGCGAUGGAUGUGAUGACUGGUUCCAUGGCGAUUGUGUUGGCGUAGCAGAGAAAGAUAGCGAGAUGGUUGACAAGUACUACUGCAAGCGUUGUGAAGGUUUGUUGCUUAAUAUAUACUUUUUACUUUAUUAUGUUUUAUUUUUUCCCAAGCUUAUUUGCCCGCUUUCCCAACUCCCACUUAUUUUUAUUUUUCAUGCAUGUAGAGAAAGGGCGACACGGUUCUCGUAA